AUGCUAAUGCCCCUGUGUGGGCUGCUCUGGUGGUGGUGCUGCUGCUGCUGCUACUGUGGCUGGUACUGCUGUGGAUUGUGUGCCCCAGCUCCCCAGAUGUUGCGCCACCAGGGUCUCCUCAAGUGCCGCUGCCGCAUGCUCUUCAAUGACCUAAAGGUUUUCCUACUGCGGCGCCCCCCUCCAGCGCCCCUGCCCAUGCACGGCGACCCCCAGCCCCCUGGUUUGACAGCCAACAACAACACCCUUCCGGCUCUGGGUGCCGGGGGGUGGGCAGGAUGGAGGGGUCCUCGAGAAGUGGUCGGCAGGGAGACCCCUCCUCUGCCAUCUCCACCACCUUUGCCACCUUCUUCUGUGGGAGAUGACUGGGGUGGCCCAGCCACAGAGCCACCUGCCUCACUGCUCAGCAGUGCCUCCUCAGAUGACUUCUGUAAGGGGAAGGCUGAGGAUUGCUACUCACUGGGCAGCAGUCUGGACAGUGGUAUGAGGACCCCACUCUGUCGCAUCUGCUUCCAAGGGCCAGAACAGGGGGAGCUGCUAAGCCCGUGCCGCUGUGAUGGCUCCGUCAAGUGCACGCACCAGCCGUGCCUCAUCAAGUGGAUCAGCGAGCGGGGCUGCUGGAGCUGCGAGCUGUGCUACUACAAGUACCACGUCAUCGCCAUCAGCACAAAGAAUCCUCUGCAGUGGCAGGCCAUCUCUCUGACGGUCAUUGAGAAGGUGCAGAUUGCAGCUGCCAUCCUGGGUUCCCUCUUCCUCAUCGCCAGUAUCUCUUGGCUCAUCUGGUCAACCUUCAGUCCCUCGGCAAAAUGGCAGCGCCAAGAUCUCCUCUUCCAGAUCUGCUAUGGGAUGUAUGGCUUCAUGGACGUGGUGUGCAUAGGUCUCAUCAUUCAUGAGGGACCCUCCGUGUACCGCAUCUUUAAACGGUGGCAGGCUGUCAACCAGCAGUGGAAAGUGCUGAACUAUGACAAGACAAAAGACCUGGAGGAUCAAAAGGCAGGAGGCAGGAUAAACCCCCGGACCUCCUCAUCCACCCAGGCCAAUAUCCCCUCCUCUGAAGAGGAGGCAGCAGGCACCCCUGCCCCUGAGGAGGGCCCUGCCCGGGCCACCAGCCACCCCUCAGCUCCUCUGUCCCAACACCACUGUGCUUACACCAUCCUGCACAUCCUGAGUCACUUGAGACCUCACGAACAGCGGAGCCCCCAGGGCGGCAGCCGAGAGCUCGUCAUGAGAGUGACGACGGUGUGA